GUGGGACCUCUUUAACCAUUAUCAUGAGCUACCAUUCUUCGACUACCUACCCAUAGCUUAGUUGAUACGUAGUCGCGUAUCCCCCUAUUUUAAUCGGUUGUCUGAGUUAGUUGUAUUCCAUCGAAUCUCCUUUCGCUUGCUCCAUUUGUAGCUGUAUAAUAUCGCUGCCGACACAGCCUUGCUACCUGUUCUCCUGCUGGACGACCGAGCAUCUGCUGAAACGACGCUGAAGACGGAGCUCCUUACGCGUAUCGCAACGGCGACUAUCCUCGACGAUGCCCUCGCUAUGGACCCAACAAAUACCAUAACUCCCACGCGAUUGCUUGAGACAGCACAGAUAAUACCCAUUGCGAAGUUGUGUCCUGAUCUUCCAGAUCCAAGCACAAAGGCUGUAGGCGGUGUAGUCACCAUCACCUGGCCAUACAACAAAGUCAAAGGCACAUUUGCAUUCAAUCUUGCUGAGCCCGACUUUCGUCUCCGUCGUAAUAAGGGCCAGGUCAGAAUAGAUUUUACAGGAAAAGCUGCCGAGGCUGUUGGAGACUCUGGACUAGGUGGCAAUGAUGAGAUUCUCCUAAGCUUAGAGGGCGCCGCCUGGGAAGCUGAGGAUGUAGAUAGGCGACGGAGUCUCCCGGGGUCAGAUCUGGGAUGGAGACUGGUAUUCUGCGGGCGGUUAACUCUCAGGAUAAAACGAGCCGAGACUGGCGAGACAGAUCUCAUUACUGUUGACGAACGCUCAGACGAACGCCCCGAUGAAACCCGAACAGCGUCAGAUCAGAUUCCCAUUCAGCCAUCUGCCCUGAUUAGAUCACCAUCACCGGUUGUUCCUCUUUCCCCAGUUCUACAGACGCCCAUAGCACAGGGGACGAAUACUACUAAAUCCAAUGAAAUCGAGUUCGCCUCCCCUGCAUUUAUCAAGAGGGCUAGAAUGUCAUAUGGAGCAUUGUUCGAAGGUGGGUUCGAUAUCUUCCAGGAAGACAGCAAUUCGAAGUGGAAGGGACCUAAGCGAACACGCUUUGGUCAGGAUGGCAGCUCCUGGCGAUAUGCUAGCCGCUCACCUAGCCCUGAUCUCGCUGCCGCGUCUCCAAAGAGUACUGAUGAACAGCUUGGCUCCCCAGCUAGGGCCGUUUAUUCGUCAAGAGAGAUAUACAUGGUCAAUGAAGGAAGUCAGACUACAGAGGUAGAUCAGCCCUCACCUCAGCCUAUUAAGACUGGUCCAGAUACGCAAGUCGAUGAAACGGCGCCAAAAGCCGCUAUACUGGAAGAUGUACCAGUCAAUAUACCUUCCAGCUCUAUGGGCAAGAGGACGCAAACGCCACCAUUGCACGACUGGCUCCCAGAACCAACUGGCUUGAAUCCGUCUAUGCCCAAUCCUCACGGUGUCGCACCUCCCGAACCGGGAGUGCCCUUUCCCCUUUCUGAUUCCCAUUCUGAUCAGCAACCUAUUCCUUCUAGUUACGAUUUGGCCGGCAAUCCGUGGAGUAUCGGUUUGGCGCCACCAGCUUUUGAACCACAGGAACAUUUGUCUUCGUCCUUUCGACAUGGAUCUUUCCCCUCUUCAGAUGUUGAUAAUAUUGAGGCUAGUCACCAGUCCAUCCCGUUCGGCGAGGUUCAAGAGCCGGUGGAUCAUGCUGUAAUGUACUCAGCCGAGCAAACCCCUUCAGGGACUAACUACCCACCGCUUGACCCCAAUGAAGAUGCAACCCCCCAAAGCGUUCACGAUGAAGCUCUGACCAAUUACCCCACGUCUUACUUGGAGGGCGAUGGUCUGUCUGAGCAUGGCCAAAUGAUGGAAGGACAACCACCUCAUGCCGUAGUAGCUGAAUUGAGACCAAAUUCCUGGGCCACGAUCAACCAAAGCUACAAGGCCACUACUGCAGCCCCUACAGACCGUCUUGGAAGUAGAAAUGGUAGCACACCAGAACAGGCCUUUGUUAUCGAAGAGAGUGACACGGGUUCUGAUUCCGAGCCUGAACCGAUGGCGGUGGAGGAUACUGUGAACAGUGGUCGUGCCUAUACCCUAGGCAUGUAUGAGGAUGCGGAAGCUGAAGAUGAGGUUGAUGCACAGUACUCUGAUGAUGAUGAGCCUGAGUACGAUGCGGAGGAAAUGGGUGGCGAUUAUGAUACCAGAAAUUAUGAGCAACCCGGCGACGAUGACGAAGGUAGUCUUGACGAAGAUCUUCAACCUCCGCCUUUGGAGUCCGAGUUUGAUGACGGCGCGAGCUGGGAUGAAGAGGAACAAGAAGAGUUCCUCGAUGAGGAGAACGAAGGUGAAUAUGAGACGGAUGAGGACAUACCCAAAUCUAGCCCUCAGCCUGCGGUACGAGCCAACCCUAUGGUUAUUGAUUUAAUCUCCUCUUCGGAAGACGAAAGUGAAGAUGGCGAUGAAUACGAUGGCGGUGACACUAAUAAAAGCAAUGAACGAUCCAGCGCUCACAUUGAUUCCAGGGUAGUUCCCGACCACCAGCAAACGAACUUAGAGGAUGAACCUCGACAAGUCCGCUUUGGUGAUGAGGAAGCCGAGAUCAUUUCACAAGCAUCCGUGUCUGAGGCUCCGAAUUCCUCUGACGCCAGUCAGGAUGGUGAGGAAUGCACGAGUAUUCAUGAAGAAGGGGAUCGGGAACUCAAGUUCUCUAGAAGCGAUGCGAACCAGCCAAUAGGUCUCGAACUCGGACCUGAGCUUGAAGCUGGCCCUGAGGAUAUUGUAGUGUUUGGUGAGAUGCAGGGUCAUAUUGUUACAUCGUAUGGCCAAACUGUGCACAAGGAAAUUUCGGAGAACCCCUCUGUGCCUCUCUCAGCAGCUGAUGGUCUCGAAAUACUGAGCCGCACGGUUAAUAAAGAGUCGGAUGCUCGCAAUGAUAGAUUAUCUGCCGAGCCGACUGUUGAAAAUAUUGGCGCUGAGCAGCCAGCAGCCCUGUCACGUGAUGAAACUGAUAUACAACUGCUACCUCAGGAUUUAUCAGCGGUUGAAGAGAUAGCAGAGGAACAUCCAACGCAAAGCCGCAGUGUGCAUGAAGCCGAUUUAUUACCAUUUCCCAAACCAGACACUACGCACCCUCCCAUCACCAACGACAAAUAUCCUGCAGCGACUGCUUCAUCCCCAUCUCCCUCGAAUCAGGCGCUUCCACCACGCAUCGAAGAUAAUAGAUUUACAGUUGAAGGGAGGACAGCGACCUCGACAGCUGAGCUGGUUACUACGCAGUUCCCCACUGUAGUAAAUACACAAACUACAGAUACCACACUAAAUGCUUCUAUAAGCACUUCCGCAAACAUUGGAGAAUCAUUCGAGUCGUACACGACCGUUGAGCAACAACAAUACCAGACGAGGGAGAGCUCAAUUGAUAAAGAGUCACCCAAAAACCUUGUGCAGAUGGACAACAAGAUGAGUACGGGUGAAGACAGCAUUGAGCAAGAAAGCCAGAAUGCCCCAAUCAUAGAGCCUCAACAGCUGUAUUCUUCGGGCAAAUCAUCUACUACCUCUUCCCCAGCACGCAGCUUUCAGACUCAAGUUGAUAACACAGAGGUUGGUUUGUCCGACAGCGUAGAGGAAACAAAGCAUGAGCCUCAAAUCCUCCGGAGACUAUCUUCCCAGAGUCGUGCAGAUGCAUCAGAUGCUAGCGGACCUUUUACAUCGCACAUGGAUGUUGAUGAGGAACUUCAAGCCAGUAUUCUAGAAGAUUUCCAAUUGGAAAAUCAGUCCGAUUAUGAAGACGGGCAAGACGAUGAUGAGGAAUCUUUUCGGAUUGAUAUGAGUGAUGCAUACACUGGUCCUAACGAAGAACACCAAGCAGAUACUGCAUCCUCACCGCAUGAGAAUACACCAGCCAAGCAACUGGCCGAGGAUAUAUCUGCACAACUAAAGCGAAACUUCAUGGCAAAUAGCGAUAGUUCUGGAGAAGAAUCCGAUGCAUCGACUCGGAACGAUUCGAGUGUGCAUCUAGCGCGGGUACUUAAUGCUUCUAAGAGAAGAAAGAGGAAACGCGCCGCAUCCACGGAUUCAUAUCGUCCAAGCAAAAGAUUAUUUGACUCUUAUCGCAGCCGAACACCCGAAACUGAUGAUUCAAGCAUAUUACUUGCAAGGGCUUCCCUUGCAAGCCACACGCCAAGGUCUGAGGAGGAUAGCUACUCUAUGACAGCUGCCAAACUGCAGCUAGCCCGCCAUCUCCGUGACGAGCUUCCGGAUUGUACAUCCCUAAAGGUUUUGCGUCAACACCUUACGAAAUCACUUGAUGUGAUUGCAGUUGCAGUUAUGCAACCUCCAGAUCCACAGCGAGCCAAAGGCGGUCCUAGAGAAUUCAUGAUGUCGUUCACGGUCGCAGACCACUCUAUUGGACCUUACGCGGUCGCCGAGGCGUUGAUUUAUCGGCCCCACAAGGAUACACUUCCCGUAGUCCGAUAUGGCGACAUUGUUUUGCUUCGAAAUUUCAGUGUUGUCUCUCUAGCGAACAAAGGUUUCGGAUUACGGUCGAACGAGAGCUCCAGCUGGGCUGUUUUCGAUUACGAGGGUGAACCGCCGCAGAUUAGAGGCCCACCUGUCGAGUAUAGCGAGAGAGAGACGCUGUAUGUUAGUUACCUACGAGAAUGGUUUGGACUUCUAGACGUCAAAGCGCGGGAGAAGUUGGAAACGGCGAAUAAAAAAAUAAUCAAUUCAGGAAAAACCUAAUUGAUACGAGACCAUGCCAAAUACGACCAGAAAUAGCAGCGAUUCACGACGGAACUGAUUUUCAUAUGAUGCUAAUAUCUCAUAUCCAUAUAUCCACACGACAUGAUGAGAAGAUACCAGGCCUUCACAGGUCAUAUAAAGGGUCAGCGCUAUCGGACUAAAAUAGAUAAAAAAUCAUUACAUUUUUUUAAUACUAUCAUAUCUUACUCUCGUCGUGAUUUUCCAAUAGCGAAUAAUUACUUAAUGCACACUUGACAUCUCCCCAAGUGCGUCACUUAGCAACCUAUUGAAAAACCAGGGUGGGUAUGGAUGACUCGAUAGGUGCUUAGAGCCUACCAUUCACCUAACCUUUUCCAAGGCCAUCAUCAGGAUGAAACACUUAGCGGGUUACGGUGCGACUCUUCUGAAAGAUGUGUACCUUGUUAUAACGCGAU